AACAAAACACUGGGCUGCCUGCAGCGGAGCGCGCGGACUUAACCACUCGGCCAUGUGGCCAGCCCCAUAAAUGUCCUUGUUUUUUAAUCUUACCUACUGGCUCUUAAACUUGUGACAAAAUAACCGUAAUUUCAUUAGUGAAGUCGUCUUUGACUAUUUUGAACAAAAAUCAUAUAUUUAUUCAGCGUUUUUGGUUGUUUUUUUUUUAAUGCAGCUAUAGAAGUAAUCUGGAAAAUGAAAUCACUACUUUCAGUGCUUGGAGUGGGGCAGAGAGAGGCAAAUCAGAAGGCACUGAUACAGUGCUGAUGGCCAGUAGCUUAUCCAAAUUUACAUGGGGAAGCUUUACAGAUCCUCUGCAUUAAAAGGAUGACAUCCAUUAGGGGGAAAUAGGCAAAAUGCUGAUGUGAGUGUAUUCCAUUCCCCACCCUCUCUCCUUCCUCCCUGGCAAAUGAGAGAAUCAUUUGAGUAUAUCCUGCUCUUACUUUUUCCUGAAGUAGGGACAGGCAGUACUAUAGCAGAAUGGUUGAAAAUAUGGACUUUGGUGUCAUAUGGACUUGGGUUUAAGUCACCACUCUUCCUACCUACUCUCUGUGUGACUUUGGAAAAAUUAGGAGGCAGGGGGAUGUUGGUGGCAAGAUUAAACGUGAGGUCUGGUUCUUGGCACAUGUCUUGACUCUUAUUCUACCAGGACAAAUUAGAGUAGAUACAUAGUGAGAAUGCUUUCAUCUUGUCAAAGGAAGAUAAGAUUCUAAGAACAGCAGAGCCUAAAUUAUAAGUUGCUGGUAUGACAUCACAGCUCAGAACUCCAAUGUGUAACAUACCAUUGUCACUUGCAGACAAUAACAGGUUUUUUUUGUUUUCAGACAGUAGCUGUGUCAGCGUGUUAUGAUGCCGUCUCGUACCAACCUGGCUACUGGAAUCCCCAGUAGUAAAGUGAAAUACUCAAGGCUCUCCACAGACGAUGGCUACAUUGACCUUCAGGGAGAAACUAACUGCUAAAGCCAGCAGAUUGUGGGAAUCUUCCUUCUUUCCUGAUGUCAUGAGAUCCAAUUUAUUAAAGUUUAAGAAAAGCCCUCCUAAGAUCCCAUAUAAGGCCAUUGCGCUUGCUACAGUGCUGUUUUUGUUUGGCGCCUUUCUUAUUAUCAUAGGCUCACUCCUGCUGGCGGGCUAUAUCAGCAAAGGGGAGGCAAACCAGGCCGUUCCCUUCCUGAUCAUUGGCAUCUUGAUGUUCCUGCCAGGAUUUUACCACCUGCGCAUCGCCUUCUAUGCAUACAAAGGCUACCGGGGUUACUCCUACGAUGACAUUCCAGACUUUGAUGACUAGCACCCACAUCAGCCCUGAGGAGAAGAGUCACACACAUGGCUGAGCCCAGCUUUAAGACUUUGAGCAGAAGCUAUGACUAAGGGCUGAGGAAUUCUGCAGUUUGCAGAUGUUAACAAAACAAUGGCCAGAUUUUGUGGGUCUAUCCUAAAGAUGUUAACUGAGCUUACAAAUAGCUAAUUAGGACAUGCUCUAUUUUUCGUCUCCUGGCCCUGGCAGAAGCUCAUGAUGAGUGUAUUCCACAUGAAUAUGUAUCAUGGGAGAGUAGCAGUGUUAUGGGAAAGCAGGAGGUUACUCUGUAGUGGAAAGUGUUGCUGCCACCACCCUUUCUAGAACUGAGCAUUUCUUUAAAUAGUUCUCAUCAUCAAUUUGUUCUUGUGACAAAUGGAAGAAUAUAGUGUGUCAAAUUUCUUAUUACUAAGUAAUUUAUUUUGAAAAUACCUAAGUAUCUUAUCCCCUGUAUUCAUCUCUUAACUUUGCGUUCUAGUGGAAGACCUUGGCAAAAUCAGAUAUCACUGUGGGUGCAUCUGUAAUAUUUUUUACUUGCUUUCUUAUUAACCAGCAACCAGGAAUUUUUUAAACCUCAGAGCAAGUUUUCAAAAUGUAAACACUUUCUGUCUUCACCAAUCCUUGGCCAUCUCUGAUCUGGUUUACUGAUAGGUUGGCCAGCAUAUAAUUAUGGUCAUUCUGUCCUUUGUAGAUCAAGAUGUACUGUAUAUCAUGCCUUUAAGGACUGGACUUUUGGCUGUUUCCUAAGGAAAAAUAUAGAUAAGUGGCUAUUAUUUAGAGUUCAUAACAUCGUUGUUAGCACCUUGUAUUAUGUCGUCAUUCUGCUGAAGAUCACAAGACUUGGCCUGGAUCCCUAGAGGACUGGACUGCCUUAGUUUGAUUCUGUUUCCAGCUUGCAAAAAGCGUCUUAUAGUUAAAAGAAAUUAAAAUGUUAAAAUCUA